AUGAAGCUCUACCCGUCCCUGCCCGCCGACCUAGCAGCCUGGGCGCAGCGCCAGCCCGUCUUCUUCACCGGCUCGGCCGGCAAGCACGCCAGGCACAUCAACGUGUCCCCCAAGGGCAUGACGGACACGCACUUUGCCGUGCUGUCGCCCACGCGCUGCGCCUACAUCGACCGCACCGGGUCCGGGUGCGAGACGAUUGCGCACGCCUACGAGAACGGCCGCCUGUGCCUCAUGUUCGUGUCCUUUGGCGACGCGCCGCGCAUCAUGCGGCUCUUCUGCGCGGCCCGCGUCGUCGAGUACGACCACCGCGGCUUCCAGGGCCUCGUGCGCGCCGUGGCCCGGGGGCGGCGCUCCGCCUUUGACGGGGCCCGCGCCGUCAUCGUCGCCGACAUAUGGGAGGUCCAGACGUCGUGCGGCUUCGGCGUGCCCCGUGUCAAGAGGGGGCUGUACGCGCCCGGCGAGGGGGGGGACCGCCGCCCCCCGGCCGACGAGCUGCUGCGGCAGGGCUACGACGCCGGGGCCGAGGCCAGGCUGGACGAGCUGUGCGUCUUUGAGGCGAGGCCGGCCAUGGACUACUGGGCUGGCAAGCAGGCCGAGGGCAACACCAUGAGGGACUACCAGAGGAGGCACAACGUGGAUAGCAUUGACGGCCUGCCGGGCCUGAGGGCCAGCAGGAGGGAUGCCGGCGAGGUGCUGUGGCUGAGGGACGCGAGGGCGUGGGCUGCGAGGGUGGCGAGGGACUGGGAGGCCAUGGCCGUUGGCUUCGUCGCCGCCGUCUUGAUGUAUUUGUUUGUCCGGGGAAUCGGGGCCUUGACAGCUGACUAG